AGUGCGAGGAGGACACUGAUUGGCUGCUGUCGCCAACGCUAGUGUUGAUGCCCACGACGUUGCUGUUGCGGCUCCACGACCCGGCUGUGCACCCCGUGGGUCAUGGUGCUGGGUCGCGGGCCGCGGUGCCUCCGGAGCUUGUCAGUGCUGGGAGCCGCCUGCGCGCGCCGCGGUCUGGGUCAGGUCCUGCCGGGAGUCCUUCUGUAUCACACAGAUUUCAGGAAGAGUCUGACUGUGGAGCAAGACAUGAUGAAGGUUGAGCUACUGCCCGCCCUGACUGACAACUACAUGUACCUGAUCAUUGACGAGGACACCAAGGAGGCUGCCAUCGUGGACCCGGUGCAACCCCAGAAGGUUAUAGAAACCGUGAAAAAGCACCAUGUAAAGCUGACCACAGUGCUCACCACUCAUCACCACUGGGACCAUGCUGGUGGGAAUGAGAAGCUGGUGAAACUGGAGCCUGGGCUGAAGGUUUACGGAGGUGACGACCGCAUUGGGGCCUUGACGCACAAAGUCACACACCUUACCACACUGCAGGUGGGGUCUCUCAGUGUCAAAUGUCUGUCAACACCCUGCCAUACUUCGGGACAUAUCUGUUACUUUGUGAGCAAGCCUGGUAGCUCAGAGCCCUCUGCUGUGUUCACAGGUGACACGCUGUUUGUUGCUGGCUGUGGGAAGUUCUAUGAAGGAACUGCAGAUGAGAUGUACAAGGCUCUGCUUGAGGUCUUGGGCCGGCUCCCGCCAGACACGAAAGUCUACUGUGGCCACGAAUACACCAUAAACAACCUGAAGUUUGCACGCCAUGUGGAACCCAACAAUGCUGCCAUUCAGGAGAAACUGGCCUGGGCCAAGGAGAAAUAUGCCAUCGGGGAGCCUACGGUGCCAUCCACUCUGGCGGAGGAGUUCACCUAUAACCCCUUCAUGAGAGUGAAGGAGAAGACUGUGCAACAGCAUGCUGGGGAGACGGACCCUGUGACCACCAUGAGGGCCAUCCGCAGGGAGAAGGACCAGUUCAAGCCUCUGUGGUCCAUCCAGACCCAGCCUCUGUGUACUCAGGUCUGAGUGGGUCAAAUGGAGACAGCAGACAUAGAUGCCUGGUGACACCAAGGACCGAGACAGGUGGAGGAAGAAUUUGAGACCGGAGUGCCUGGUCUGAAACCCCCCCCCCCCCAGGGGACAGUUUGCCCUGCCAGUGUGGCUCAUUGCUUUGAUCUGUGCUGGCUAAGGUCAUCAUCCCUCAACCUGUCAGAGCUGUGUAUCCUGUCCCACUGUCUGCAUUGCUGGCCUGUAGUUCCUGCUUCCCUUGGGUCUGCUGGGGCUCGUGUCCUUACAGCUGCCUGCUGUGGGUCAGGAUGCAGGUGUUCUAAACUGCAUUACUGGCACGCAGCUCCUCGUUAGAGAUGGCGUAGGGUAGAGCUGCUAGUCCUGCCCUGGAUUUCUCCCCGGAGGUGGCAUGGAAUGGAACUUGGAGAUUGUCCCCAUGAGUUGUGCAUGUGAUAAGUGUUAAAACCAUGUGUGCUCAGCCAGUCCUGCCAUAGC